CGUCGUGCUGGCGUGAAGUGGUAGCGUCCGCUCCGAGAACCUGAAGGAGACUUGGAGGCACCUGGGCCGCGCUGCUUGGGCCGUUGGGAGUCGCCGCUGCCGCCACUGCCCGCACUCCAUGAGGAAGAUGCUCGCCGCCGUCUCCCGCGUGUUGUUGGGCGUCGCCCAGAAGCCGGCAAGCAGAGUGCUGGUGGCAUCCCGUAAUUUUGCAAAUGAUGCUACAUUUGAAAUUAAGAAAUGUGAUCUUCACCGGCUGGAAGAGGGCCCUCCUGUCACUACGGUGCUCACCAGGGAGGAUGGGCUCAAAUACUACAGGAUGAUGCAGACUGUUCGUCGAAUGGAGUUAAAAGCAGAUCAGCUAUAUAAACAGAAAAUUAUUCGUGGUUUCUGUCACUUGUGUGAUGGUCAGGAAGCUUGUUGUGUGGGCCUGGAGGCCGGCAUAAACCCCACAGACCAUCUGAUCACAGCAUAUCGGGCUCACGGCUUUACGUUUACUCGUGGGCUUUCUGUCCGAGCAAUUCUCGCAGAGCUUACAGGACGAAGAGGAGGUUGUGCUAAAGGAAAAGGAGGAUCGAUGCAUAUGUACGCCAAGAACUUCUACGGGGGCAAUGGCAUCGUGGGAGCUCAGGUGCCCCUGGGAGCUGGGAUUGCUCUGGCCUGUAAGUAUAACGGAAAAGAUGAAAUCUGUUUGACUUUGUAUGGUGAUGGCGCUGCUAAUCAGGGUCAGAUAUUCGAAGCUUACAAUAUGGCGGCUUUGUGGAAAUUGCCUUGUAUUUUCAUCUGUGAGAAUAACCGCUAUGGGAUGGGAACAUCUGUGGAGAGAGCAGCAGCCAGCACUGAUUACUACAAGAGAGGCGACUUCAUUCCUGGGCUGAGGGUAGAUGGAAUGGAUAUCCUGUGUGUCCGGGAGGCCACAAGGUUUGCAGCUGCCUAUUGUAGAGCUGGAAAGGGGCCCAUACUGAUGGAGCUGCAGACUUACCGUUACCAUGGGCACAGCAUGAGUGAUCCUGGAGUCAGUUACCGUACACGAGAAGAAAUUCAGGAAGUUAGAAGUAAGAGUGACCCUAUCAUGCUUCUCAAGGAUAGGAUGGUGAACAGCAACCUGGCCAGUGUUGAAGAACUAAAGGAAAUUGAUGUUGACGUGAGAAAAGAAAUUGAGGAUGCUGCCCAGUUUGCUACAGCUGACCCUGAACCACCUUUGGAAGAACUCGGCUAUCACAUCUACUGCAGCGAUCCGCCUUUUGAAGUCCGGGGUGCAAACCAGUGGAUCAAGUUUAAGUCCAUCAGUUAAUGCGAGAUGGUACACCUUCAGUUGGGUAUUCAGCAGCAACUGUAAGGAAUGCUUUGGGUUCUCAACUUUGUUAAGGAGGAAAAAACCCACAGAAAGAAAGUGUAGAUUUAGAUAGCUAGAUAGAUAGAUAGUGUAAUUGCAUGUGGUUUGUACAGUGUUGCAUUAAAAGAUACAACGUCUUUUAAUGUUAUAUCUUAAGGAUAGUAUGGAUCUUAUUAUAAAGGUUAUUUUAGUUAUAUAGGUCUAAAAUAGGUAAUAAGAGUUUGCUUAACCCUCCUUCAAAUUACUUCUUUAAAAUAGUUCUAUUUGGUUUAGUUGUAUACUCGUUUAACAAAUACUUUUUUAGUUACUAAAAGGAGAAACAAUUCCUUAUAUGCCUGUCCAACUCUGCCACCUUUCUGUGGGGCGAUCAUUGUCCUGUCCCUCCCAGUGCCCAGCAGCUUACCUGGUGUACCCUAACGUGCACACACGCCCCCAUUUGUGUGCAUGUCGGUGCUGAAGCCUGUUCACACUGAACCAUCAUUUCUCCUUAAUAAAACACAGUAUUUAUUAUAACCA